ACCUCCACCAAAAAACAACCUACGACACACACACACACACACACACACACUACAGACUCACCACUCAAACCAAACAACAAACCCUCCCACGACAAUGGACUUCCCAUGGCCGCCCCCAAGCCCACCAAGCGGCAGCAACGCCAGCCUGGCCGACGAACUACCAGACUACAGCACCUCGCCCACCGCAUGGCUUGCCGCAGUCGCCAGGAAGGUCUACCCGGCCUCCGACUGCUACCACGGGUGGGACAUCCAAAUCACCACCGAGGCAGCAGCCCCGGCCUCCUCCUCCGAGGACCACCACAAUACCCCCCGCUGCGAUGUGAUCAUGAUCUCCCAUUCCGCGUCGCGCACCGUGCUGAUCCUGGUCGCCGGCCCGGAUGAUGAUGAUGAAGCAGACGCCACCAUCAUCUGGCAGCGCCGCCGGGCGUGUCUGCAGCAGCAGUGGGAACGCCACAACCUGGGCGACGAGUCCGACGAGACCAAGGCGCCGUCCAUCCACGGCGCCGUGAUCGUCCGCGGCCAGAUCAUCUUCGGGGAGUACCCGGGCUCUGCCAGCCCAUCGUGGGUCAACACCACGGAUAACGAUGCCCCGUUGGAGCCAUGGCGGUUGUCCGAGAAUGAAGGCAGGGCCUGGUUUGCCGAUAAGCUGCUGGAGAUCCGGUUGUCUGCUGGGGAGCCCCGCUAUGAGGUGGCGUACUGGGUCUGGACGAAGCUGGGAUCGUAUGCGGACUGGCUGAAUCUUGGGAAAUACGACCCGCUUGAGUUUGAGUAAACAAUUCACCACACCCACCCCAUUUGUGGUUGUGUCAUGGUCUGAGGUUGUCAUAGUCUGAGGAAGAUUUCACAAUUGAAUU